AUGUCCGAGGUCGAGCUUGAAUCAGAAAUGGAGUGGGAAGAGGACGCUCCGUUCCUCACCCAUGAUGAACGGGAGCAAGCAGAUGCUGGCAUUGAGCCAGAAACAACGCCCACUCAUGAACAACCCGAUGAGCCGUUACCAACGAGACCUCUUAUCAGGGCUGCGCCAUGGCAAGCCAAGACACCCGGAACCAUUGUGUUUCUUGCCGCUGUUAUGAAGUUUUGUAUCACAUCCAGUGGCAUGCUGCUUCUUAUCCCCGUAUAUCGACUGAUUGAAGAUGCGCUGUGUCAUGUACAUUAUGAGGACGACUCAUACGAUAUUAUUGACGAGAUGAAAUGCAAAGUAGAUGACGUGCAGUCCCAGCUGGCGUCUCUGAUCGGGUGGUGCGGCUUGUUUAAUUCCGUCAUGACAUUGCUGGUCACUUUCCCUUACGGCAUGUUGGCUGACCGUAUCGGCCGCAAGCCCACGGCUGUCCUUGCUUAUGUUGGUCUUGCCAUUUCAUUCAGUUUCACGCCGCUCAUGUUUGGCGUAUUCCAAGACACCCUUCGUCGAAAUCCGUAUAUUAUCAUGACGGGUUCGCUCUGGGCGUUGCUAGGCGGCGGUGUACCGGUCUUGCUCAAUACCUUGUACGCUGUUGCUGCCGAUGUCAGCACCGAGCAACAAAAGGCGGCUAGCUUCUUAUAUCUCACCUUUGGGGCUACUCUUGGCGGCCUCAUCGGCCCUCUACUUGCUGGUGUUUUAAUGACCAACUUCGGGCCGUGGGUGCCAGUCUACGUUGCCUUGACUGUCACGCCAUUUAUGCUUUGCAUCUUCUUUUUCAUCCCAGAGACCUUGAAUGUGGAGACGAGAGCAAAGAGGAACAAGGACCAAACAUUCGCCCAAGCCUUCAAAGAGCAUGUCGGCAAGGGUCUGGAUGAUCUGAUGCACUCUGUGGACAUGAUUAAGAAUAUCAACAUACCCCUUUUACUGCUCACCUUCUUCUUUCAGUCGGCCAGAUUCGCGGCAUAUACUUCGGUAUUGGCGCAGUAUAUUAGCAAACACUUUGGAUGGAAGCUUGCAGAGACAAGUUUGCUCUUGUCACCGCUGGGCGUCCUCAACCUCAUUAUUCUGGUCGCAUUACCCAAGGUCUCGGAGAUUCUGGUGUCACGUCGAUUCAAGUUCACAGUAUUCGGGAAAGACUUGUUCCUCACCCAAGUAUCGACGUUUCUCAUUAUUCUUGGCGCCCUCAUCGAAGCCUUUAGCCAAAAUGUAAUCCUCUUUCUUUUCGGAUUGUUCAUUGGGACAUUUGGUGCUGCCGAUAGCCCACUCGCUCGAGCCACGGUGUCGCACUAUGUUGAUGCCAAGUCUAUCUCGAAACUGUACGCCCUCAUUGGAAUGAUGGAAGUAUCGGGUUCAUUCAUUGCCGGCCCGGUGCUGGCGAAGCUGUUUAAUAUCGGGCUAGAACGCAGGGGUAUUUUUAUCGGCCUGCCUUGGUUCUAUAUGGCGUUCUUGUGCGGUAUUGCAUUCAUGGCGCUGCUAUUUGUCCGACCGCCUCCCGGUAACAAGAGUGCAGGUGAUGAAACCUUUUGUCGCGAACCUGGAGUUGUGAAUGAAUCGGCGACGGAAGACCCGUUGUGUCCGGAGUGA